AUGGCUGCAUGGAGAACUGCCGGACUAAACUACAUCAACUACUCAAACAUCGCUGCACGUUUGCUGCGAAAGGCACUGAAGCCGGAAUUGAGGGUUCAGGCUGCACGACGGGAUGAUUCGCACAUCAAAUUUACCAAAUGGCAGGGAGGCAAACCGGAAAGUAAGUAA